UCACUAAGACCUUUGAAAAAUGCCGAGGACGGAGGAAGUUUCCUUUGAAUGAUUUCAGGAUUUUUCAACAAUGAAAAUUCAAACUAGCUUCAACGACUCUAUACUUGUUUUUGCAUUAUCUAUGCCCACUCGCUAAUUCUCUUAUAAAUCUCAAUAUUACCUCUUCAUUACAAAGUUUAUAAUCCAAAACCAUGACCAUGAUGAGGAUUUGUAUUUUCGGGGUUUUCUUGUUGUUCUUCGUUCAUUCUCCAGUCUCCGCCGGUUUCUAUCCCAAUUCCUCAGCCAUUCCGCUGGAGCUCAUCCGUAACGCCACCGGAAACCUUUGGAACUCUUUCUUGAACUUCACCGGAUGUCAUGUCGGCGAGACAUAUGAUGGUCUCUACAAGCUUAAACAGUACUUCCAACAUUUUGGCUACAUCCCCGAAACUCUCUCCGGAAACUUCACGGACGACUUCGACGAUAUCCUCAAGAACGCCGUCGAGAUGUACCAGAGAAACUUCCGGCUAAACGUCACCGGUGUACUCGACGAGCUCACUCUCAAACACGUCAUGAUCCCACGUUGCGGUAACCCCGACGUAGUCAACGGCACAUCAACUAUGCAUAGCGGUAGAAGAACCUACGAGGUCUCCUUCUCCGGGCGGAGUCAACGUUUCCACGCCGUCAAACGCUACUCUCUUUUCCCCGGAGAGCCACGGUGGCCGAGCAAUCGCCGUGAUCUAACCUACGCGUUCGAUCCGCGAAACAAGUUGACCGAAGAGGUCAAGACCGUGUUCUCACGCGCGUUCGCUCGUUGGGCACAGGUAACUCCCCUUACGUUCACCCGCGUGCAGAGUUUCAGAACCUCCGACAUCUUCAUCGGGUUCUACGCAGGCGAGCACGGUGACGGAGAACCGUUCGACGGCCCAUUGAGAACGUUGGCUCACGCGUUCUCGCCCCCUACCGGACACUUUCACCUCGACGCAGAAGAGAACUGGAUCAUCUCCAGCGAAGGCGGAGACGGUGUUCUCUCCGUGACUGAGGCUAUUGAUCUUGAAUCGGUGGCUGUUCACGAGAUCGGACAUCUUCUAGGGUUAGGCCAUUCCUCGGUCGAAGGUUCCAUCAUGUACCCAACCAUCACGACGGGGAUGCGUAAAGUAGAAUUAACGACCAAUGACGUGGAAGGAGUCCAGUAUUUGUACGGUGAGAAUCCUAACCUCAACGGUUCUGUUGUUCCACCACCGUCCACUCAACAGCGAGACACUGGGGAAUCCGGUGCUGCUAGUAGAAUCGACGGUUCUAGAUUGGUUUUGACUAGUCUACUUCUCUCAACCGUUAGAUUGUUUUUGUAUUUAGUGUAGAUAAAAUUAGUCAGAUUAUGACACGGUUUAUAUUCUUUCUGUUUUUUUGUAUAUUCUCUUUCUUACAUUGUUCUUCAUUAAUUCAUGCAUAGUUUCUAUU